AUGGUUGAGGGAAAAACUGUCGACCAGGGUCAACUUGCUGCAGAGGUAUAUGUGGCAGAGAAGUUCUCCUUUAAGAAGGCGGACCUAAAAACAUCAAAGUGGGCACGUAAAGCCCAUCGGAACGAGCCUUCAGCAGCACUCGACUCAACUCCCGACGUGCCAUUGAGAAUACAGGGAACGGUUGACAAGAGGAAAGGAAAGGAUGAUGAUAUUGGAUCGAUUGAAGUCAAUGGGGCUGAUCAAGACCCUGUUCCAGAGCAACUAUCCACUAUUGCACCGACGUACAGGAUCAUAGUCCCCAGCAAUAGGUGGUCUCAAAAGGCAAGUAUAUGGGGAGGAACUGUCAGGAAAAGAAAACGAGGCCGAAGCACCCAUGAAGAAGGGUUCAAAGAAACACAGAGGACCUCUGACAUUCAGGGAAGGGUCGCGAAAGUCGAGUAG